GCCGCUUUACCCACAUAGCCUGGUCAAGCACACAGAUCGCUACGUUCACAUUUUGAUUCAGGAUAUGAGCUAUUGAGACAUCAGGCUGGUUCCACCAGGAUAGGACAAACAAGGAUCUAUUGAGACAUCAGGCUGGUUCCACCAGGAUAGGACAAACAAGGAUCUAUUGAGACAUCAGGCUGGUUCCACCAGGAUAGGACAAACAAGGAUCUAUUGAGACAUCAGGCUGGUUCCACCAGGAUAGGACAAACAAGGAUCUAUUGAGACAUCAGGCUGGUUCCACCAGGAUAGGACAAACAAGGAUCUAUUGAGACAUCAGGCUGGUUCCACCAGGAUAGGACAAACAAGGAUCUAUUGAGACAUCAGGCUGGUUCCACCAGGAUAGGACAAACAAGGAUCUAUUGAGACAUCAGGCUGGUUCCACCAGGAUAGGACAAACAAGGAUCUAUUGAGACAUCAGGCUGGUUCCACCAGGAUAGGACAAACAAGGAUCUAUUGAGACAUCAGGCUGGUUCCACCAGGAUAGGACAAACAAGGAUCUAUUGAGACAUCAGGCUGGUUCCACCAGGAUAGGACAAACAAGGAUCUAUUGAGACAUCAGGCUGGUUCCACCAGGAUAGGACAAACAAGGAUCUAUUGAGACAUCAGGCUGGUUCCACCAGGAUAGGACAAACAAGGAUCUAUUGAGACAUCAGGCUGGUUCCACCAGGAUAGGACAAACAAGGAUCUAUUGAGACAUCAGGCUGGUUCCACCAGGAUAGGACAAACAAGGAUCUAUUGAGACAUCAGGCUGGUUCCACCAGGAUAGGGCAAACAAGGAUCCAGAUUAAAGUCAGCGCUCUAUGCCCCCCCGGUGCCCGCCCCAGGCCCCAUGGUUCCCCCAGCUAGCAUGUUUGGCAAUGUACCAGGGUACGAGGACACUUUAGCUGGCGGAGGAGGUGGAUAUCUCCCCCCACCGAUGCCCUUACACCCGAAUCGGGAUCCAGAGCCUGCACCCGUACCACAAGACUGGAACAUCCCCUCCAUCACUGAAGAUGUGGCGCGGGAGCGUUUUAUAAUGUACGCGUCUGGUAAAUGCUGCUAUAACAACGCCCCUGCCAAGGAUGGAGUCAUCACUAACAUGCAGGCGUUCAACACCUAUCGGUACCGUUUGGAGACAUUCACAGAGUCUCGAUCUACAGAGUGGGCCACCAAGCCUUAUGAAGGUGAACCAGCAGACUUCUACACGCAGACUGCCCCACGGCCGUGGGAAAUCCCAGUGACCGGUCCCUCCCUGUUUCAAAAUCACGAGGAGAACAUAAAAGUCCCUUACACUUCAUCUAACAAGCCCUGCCACACUUGUAGUGCCUCUGGAAAGAUGCCCUGCCAUGAGUGCAAUGGAUCUGGAACGAAAGUUUGUUGGGUCUGCAAUGGAUCUGGCAGAGAGGGAGGAGAUAGUCCCUGCAAUCAAUGCAAUCAAAGAGGAAGGGAGAACUGCUCUAAAUGUCAUGGUAAUGGGACUAAAGAAUGUGAGACCUGCAAGGGCAAGCAACAACUGUUGACCUACAUCAACCUCAAAGUCGAGUGGAAGAAUAAUGUUGAAGACUAUGUUGUGGAGCAGAACAGUGGGCUGGAGGUUGACAAUCUGAGCGAUGUGACUGGAAAGACACUCUUCAAAAACGCCCAGUACAUGCUGUAUCCAGUGUAUGGCUUCCCAGAUCAGUCUUUAUCCCAGGCUUCAGAACGUUUGGUUAGAGAACACCAGGCGAAAUACUCCCAGAACUCCCGCAUCCUUCAACAGCAACAAACCAUCGAGUUGAUUCCCAUCACCAAGGUGACCUACAAGUGGAAGGGAGGCAUCCACGUUUACUAUAUCUAUGGGAACGAACACCAGGUCAAAGUUCCUGACUACCCUGCUACCUGCUGCUGCUCCAUCAUGUAACCAGUCAUGCCAGUCAGCUAGUCAGCCAGUGUCGUAGAUAAUUGUUACAGAAAUAUAAUACUGUCUAUAGAAAUAUAAUACUGUCAGAAGAAACUGUUGAAUUCAAUGUAGACUUUAAUGCAAGUUACUAAAGCCGUGCUGGUCCGCGGGAAAGACGCCGCUUCUCAACACUGGCUUCACUUUUAUACAUACAUAGUACUGGGGUACAUCACAUAUGUAAAUAGAGCCACUCCCCCUUAGUAUCCGGUUUUGGUAACAACGAUGGCAGAACUCUUUCCAUGUUCUAAAGAUAAUGUAUGUACUGCAUGCCCAUGUUUUACAUGUUAGUCAUCAGUUAUCUUGCCUACAUCUUUCUUCCUGCAUCCUGCUGACCACAGCAUGUUCAGCUGUCAUGAAUGCACGUAUGGUCUUGGUUAAUGUAUUCCUACAAAAAUAGAGUAUGGUCUGGGUGUCAUAUGGCCUGGAUAUCAUCUCUUAAUGUGCAUGUGCUUGCUACUUCAGCCUCUCAAUGGUUCGCUCCAACACCAGCCAGCCACUUAACCAUACCUCUUUUGGUGAAUGCGUCACCAGGCCAGCCCAAUACAGCUGGCCUUGACUCGGCUUAGUUCAGCUCCGUAUGAAAAAAGGUUUUGUUUAUCAGUUAGCUAGUUAGCUAGUUAGUGAGGUUGGUAUUGUAGGUAGUUCUUUAGGGCCUUUUAUCCUCCCCAGGAGUUUAGGGCUAAGUGUAUUCUGAUCAGUAUACUACAUGUUGUUUUUUAUUUUUAUAAUUAUUGCAGCCCUGGAUUUCAUGAAUUUGUUUUUUGUUUCAACUUUCAAUUUUUCGCAAGUAAAUUACUUUAUGCAAAGAUCUAGAAAAACUAAAGGCUAUUGAAGCAAAUUGCUGCAUGUCUGAUUAAUUCUUGUUACAUAUACUUUAGUACAGUCAAUAAAGUGAAAAGGUGUUAUUAUUAUUCUAUAAUGAAAUAAAUAAAUAAAAUCAUUCAAACUUCAAAGAGAAAAGUUAAUCAUUUAUGUAAUGCUCCCCGUUGUUAGUGUUUUUGAGGUCAGUGUGUUAUGAAUGACAAUGUUAUGCUUUCUGAGUGAGAAUUGUUGCCAGUGUUCUGGUCCAACAAGCUUAUUUUGAGACAUGUAUUAAGUGUUUUGUUGGUUUGAGGGAGUUUUGGAGGUGAGAUGAACUGUUUGGCCAAGACGCAUGUUGGUAAUGCUGUGUGAAGAGUUUUGAAAAAGUGGCAUCAGUAUUGACCGACGCUUGUUAGCGAUUGAACAAAAAAACUGUAAUGCUGCUUAAUGUACUGUAUAUUUGAUGAAUUAAUUGAUUGCUGAUUUCAGAAGCUGAAAGUAACCUCCAGUAAAUCAUUCCACUAAU